AUGUCUUCUGCGGUUGAAAACAAGAAGAAGUCGCAGCUCAGCAAGAAUCAGCUAAAGAGAUUAAAGAAGAAGAGUAAAAGCGGGGAGGAACCGGUUGCACACGAUGCGGUGGCAGAACCAGCGGCAGAAUCAGCAGAAUCAGCAGAACAGCCACACCCACAAGACGCACAAGAGGAAUCCAUAGACACUGAAAAUAUCCCAGAGGAAUACAAGCAGAUCUUCCUUAAAUUCCAGCCUCAAGAAGAUACACAGCCUGAAGAAGCAGCAAAGAAUGAAUGGCUUUACAGCGAUGAUGACGAUGACGAGGAUUUAAAAAAGGAAGAAGAGCACCUCUCCAAGAAGAAGCAGCGCAGAAUAAACCGUUUAUCCGUCGCAGAGCUCAAGUCGCUAGUAUCCAAACCUGAGAUUGUAGAAGCGGUAGACACGACAUCGCGUGAUCCACGUCUACUGAUCCACCUCAAAUCCUACAAAAACACAAUCCCCGUGCCCUCCCACUGGGCCCAGAAGCGUGGUUUCCUCGAAGGCAAGAAGGGCAUAGAGAAGCCCGCGUUUCAGCUGCCCUCAUAUAUUGCAGAUACUGGCAUAGGCGUACAGCAGGACGCAGUGAAGGAGCGUGAGGCUGAGAUGUCCCUCAAGCAGAAGACACGCCAACGUGUCCAGCCUCGCAUGGGCAAGAUGGACAUCGAUUACCAGAAGCUCCACGAAGCUUUCUUUAAGUUCCAAACCAAGCCGCCUAUGUCUGACUACGGCGAGACGUAUUAUGAAGGCAAAGAGUUCGAAACUUAUGUCAAGGAGAGAAAACCCGGUGAAAUAAGCACAGAGCUCAAGGAGGCACUCAGUAUACCACCUCUCGCUCCCCCACCAUGGCUCAUCGCUAUGCAGAGAUAUGGUCCACCACCUAGCUAUCCCAACCUCAAAAUCCCGGGUCUCAACUAUCCUAUCCCUGAAGGUGCUCAAUGGGGCUUCCAUCCUGGUGGUUGGGGCAAACCACCGACUGACGAGUAUAAUCGCCCUCUCUACGGUGAUGUCUUUGGUGUUAUUCCAAAAUUCAACCCUGAUUCGGUUGACAAUAUUGACAAGAGUCUUUGGGGGGAGAUAUUAUCUGAAGAGGAGCAGUCGUCUUCUGAUGAAGAGAGUGAUGAAGAUGAGGAUGAGGAAGAUGAGGAGCAGGAGCAAGAUCAGAUACAGCCAGACGAAGAUGGUGAGGAGAUGGAUGGUAUGGAGACACCAUCUGGUAUGGCAUCGGUUGCUACUACUGCGCCAGGCGCUGGAUUGGAGACGCCCGCUUUCACAGAUUUAAGGAAGGGUGCAAGAGGUGAUGACACGCCUAGAGAACUUUAUCAAGUUCUUCCAGAGAGGCAGGCUGCAGUGGAUGGAUUGAUGGGAUCAGAGAGGGUGUAUGACAUGCCAACGCUCGGCAAGGAAAGCUCAAAGAAGCGCAAAUCGGGCGAUGUCCAACUAGCCAUUGAUCCUGAAGAGCUGGCAAAAAUGUCGGAUGAGCAGAUAAAACAGGCUUACGAGGAGCAGAGUCGGAGUAGUGGGAAUAGAGUGCAUGUCCCAGGUGCUGAUAGGGCUGAGGACUUUACAGAUAUACUUCAAGAAGGACAUGGCAAGCGACAGAAGAAAGAUGAGAGGAGAAGAGCUGAUAAAGAGGAUAAUAGGAAGGAUAAAUUCAAGUUUUAG